AUGGCCCUCAUGGGCCGGGCUGGCUUCUCUUUACCUGGCGGCCAGUUUACAACAUUCAAUGAGCUGAAGACUUCAUUGUACCAGCGGCGGACCCUCUUUCUCGGAGAGGCCCAGGGGCCCCAACUGUCCAUGUUUGAAGAAUUUCCACCAAGGCUCACAACCGAUUUCUUGAUCCGGCAAUAUUUCGACACUUUUGGCUCCGUUUUUGCGCUCUUACCAAAGCCAAUUUUCCAAGACCAGGUCUUGAGAUUUUGGGAAAAGCCUGAGAGCGUGCCCAUUUCCGACUGCAUACAAAUCUUGCUGGUCAUAGCUAUUGGGAAUGGUACUCUAGAUACGAACAGCGGCCGAUUGCCGGACACCAAGAUCGAGGGGUGGUGGCAUCUCAUUCUAGCGUGGCAGGGCGUCGCCCUUCGUUCCAACCCUUGCGAUGUCAGCACUCUCCAAGCAUGUUGCUUGAUCGACAUCAUGAGGCAGGUUUACAGCCUGGAUUCCACGGCUACUUGGUCCUCAUCUGGUAUGCUGGCGCGAAACGCAAUGGUGGCGGGCCUGCAUCGCGAUCCCUCGAUUACAGGAGACCGCCUCACAAAGGACGAGCUAGAGACCCAACAAAAUCUCUGGUACACGAUCCUGGAGCUGGAUUUACAAAGCUCAAUGAAUGAAGGAAUUUUGACAACGAUAGGACCCGACGACUGGGAUAUGUCGCUACCAGCACCUCCGAAAUCGAAUGGCAUGGGCGAGGGAUCUUGCCUAGGUGCCUCGUCGCCUGUGGGCUACUUGAUAUCGACUCUGAGAACGCGGAUGCGUAUCGCCAACUUCCUCAACGACAUCAGAUGCUCUACGAAGUACGAGGAGGCCUCCAAGUUGCAGGAGGCAUUUGAAGCUGUGGCGCGUCCGCUGCUAGCAAACAGCUCUCCUGACCGCGGCUAUGACUUGGGUGGACUGGUGAACAUGAUGAGGACCUCCGGAUCCUUGUUUCGUACAGUGGCUCUGCAAGCCGUGCUGUUUCUCUGCUAUCAGAUGGAAGCGUCUGUCUCUGACAAUAAGCCCUGGACGUUGAUCGCCGAGCUCAGGGACCGAAUCAUUGACAUCAUCGACCGCUACGCUCUCAUUGCCGAGAGAAGGCUCGCGACGCAAGACUUUGUAGGGAAGGCUUUCAUAAUAGCCAAUAUGGUAUCGGCGAAAGCCAAACUUGUGAGGAUGGGGCACAGCGGAGCAGAGAUUGAUGCGGCUAGUCCGGCUAUGGCCAAGGAUAUCGCCGAGGUGUGCUUCGCCAUCUUCCGAAAUCGGCCGGAUAUUCCUGGGCCUGUCCAAGAGGAUAUGACACCAAUGUCGCUAGUGGAGUGA